AAAUUACAUUGAAAAGACCUGAGUAUGUGAUCGCUUAAAUAUUUUUUAUUAUUAUUUCUUUUUUGGGCUAGCUUAGGCCCAGUUGGUCAUACUAGUAUGGAGCGUUAAUCCUGACAUAAUUGAAUGUAACUAUCAAAAUUAAUCAACUGAACCUAACCGGGCCGAAGGAAUGGGACAUUCUGUUGAAGAAUAAGAAAAAGUGUGUUCUCUCAAUGCGCAACUUUUGUCAUCAAAGAGUUAGGUUAGGUUAACUCUGUGGUUGUCAUGUCAAAAAUAAUUUUCAAUUUCUUGAAGUCUCGACAAUAUUGAAUGGAUUAAUUUGUUUAUUAUUCGGAAACAACUGUUUAUCGUGGUAAACUAUAGUAGGCUUUGCAAUGGCCUCUCAGAAAAGUACCCAAGAAAAGCUGCUGGAUAUUCUUGACGAUAUUGAACUAAUUUCCAAAGAGGUAAUAGAGAACGCAAUCGCACCAAAACAUUUAAAAUUGAGUGGGCCUGACUAUUCGCAAUUGACAGAUUUACUCGUGGCUAAAGAUAAAGAGUUGAAAGCAACAUUGAAGUUGGCUGCUGAGCAAGCUUUCAUCGAGGAGAAAAUGGAUAUUCUGAGAGCAGAAGUUGACAGACAGGAUCAGGAUAUAAAUAAUUUACAGAAGCAAUUGAAAGAAGCCGAACAAAUACUUUCAACCGCAAUAUAUCAGGCAAAUCAGAAAUUGCAGUCUAUUUCGAGAGCAAACAAGAAGCCAGUUUCUUCAGAGGAACUCAUAAAAUUUGCUCACAGAAUCAGUGCAUCGAAUGCAAUUUGCGCUCCCUUAACGUGGCAGCAAGGAGACCCUAGACGUCCCUAUCCCACAGAUAUAGAGAUGAGGUUAGGUUUGUUGGGAAGAAUUACAGAUUCUGCAAAUGGUCAUUUACUGACUCAACCCAAUAUGGCCGAAUUGCAUAGAAGUGGUCACCCGGGUGAAAUUCCAGCUGCCCAACAAAACCAAUUUGCAUGGCACCCAUCAGGUGAAAUACAUAUGACAGUGGGGCAGGGAAGUGUAUCUAUGGAUACCAGAAAUCACAAGCAAGAGGCUGAAGAUGUUGAAGUGAUGUCGACUGAUUCCAGUAGUAGCUCUUCCAGUGAUUCUCAAUAGGGAUAUAGGUGUGAAAGUGUAGUUACAAGUUUCACUUACGAUAUCGAUAUUUAUACUGUUUUUAUCAUAAAAGUUUUGAUCUAUAAA